AUGUGCUUGAGCAGUUGUUGUUGUGUGGGCGAUGCGUCCACUGAUAACUACGAAGAUUUGUUGCAUAAAGGUCGACGAUCGUGCACGGACUGUUCAUUUCUAGUUCUUUUUCUGAUUUUUUGUGGAGGUCUGGGUUGUAUUGCUUGGUACGCGUUAGAGCAUGGUGACUCGUAUCGUAUCAUAUUCGGAUUCAUUUUUCCUCUGAACGCUUCGAGAGCUUUUGAUACGAUAUGGGCUUGUGUUCAUCAGUGUCCCGAUCCGGACUGUUACAACAUACAAAGAGAUCUUAUGAGCUGGCAGUGGACCAUAAUAACAGUUUAUGCGUUGAUUAUGACUCGGCGUUGA